UUGGGGGAGACAAGGGCUUCACUUGCCUUACCCUAGAGCCGCCCUUGGGCAGAGCCAGGAAUGUACAAGGGGAUUGAAAAGUGAAUAUGAAUACAAAAAAUUAUAUGUUUUUCCUAUUUGCAUAGUACGAUUUUCCAACGAGGAGGAUUCAAUUGAACCCCCUUCCUUGGCCAAUCACUGCCUCUGAGAUUGAUUCAUCACUUUCAGAAAAAGGGCAUUAUUCGUCAACCAAUUGAAUUACAAUGGCGUACCAAGGGGGAAACUUGAAGUCCACUGCCAUAAAUGGAGUGAAGAUGUACACUGUCGCCGGCCAACACCGUUCUGUGGCAACAUGGCUUCCUCCUAAGAAGCUCAGAGCCCUUCGUAAAGAUCCAAGUUAUAUGCAAAGAGUGGAUCUGAUUCAGGAUUUGAGAUUUGAAACUGCAACGACGAGAAUUAAAGUGACUCCUGAUGGGGAGUAUCUCAUUGCGUCAGGUAUUUACCCACCUCAAGUUAAAGUUUAUGAGCUGCGGGAGCUGUCAUUGAAGUUCGAAAGGCAUUUGGUGUCAGAGAUCGUUAACUUUCAGGUCUUGGGCGAUGACUACUCAAAAAUGGCAUUUCUUUGUGCUGAUCGUUCUGUCUGCCUCCAUGCAAAAUAUGGAAGUCAUUACAGUUUGCGAAUUCCAAGGAUGGGAAGGGAUAUUGUAUAUGAUUGCUGGUCUUGUGAUUUGCUUUGCGCUGCCUCAUCACCAGAUCUCUACAGAAUAAAUCUGGAGCAGGGACGCUUCCUUUCCUCACUGAGCACACGAUCCCCGGCACUUAAUGUGGUUUCCCGGAGCAAGCUCCAUGGAUUAGUUGCUUGUGGAGGGCAGGAUGGUGCUCUCGAAUGCUUUGACAUGAGAGCAAGAUCUUCAGUUGGCAGGAUAAAUGCUGUUGCACCUGCUGGGAAUGGGGACCAGGAGGUUACUGCAAUAGAGUUCGACGGAGAUGGAGGUUACCUCAUGGUUGUUGGAAGUAGUGACGGAAAGGUUCUGAUUUAUGAUUUACGAUCUUCUCAACCUAUGCGGAUAAAGGAUCAUAUGUAUGGGAGCCCGAUACUGAACAUUAAGUGGCAUAAAACGCUUAACACUGAACGAACAAAGUUAAUCACUGCUGACAGCCACAUUGUUAGGAUUUGGGACCCUGAGACGGGAGAAGGCAUGACAAGCAUUGAACCAACGGGUGGGAGAAUCAACGAUUUGUGUGCAUUCACUGACAGUGGAUUGAUGUUGUUGGCUCUUGACUCCAGUCAAAUACCUUCGUAUUUCAUUCCUUCACUGGGGCCUGCGCCCAAGUGGUGUUCUUACCUUGAAAACCUUACGGAAGAGCUUGAGGAGCAACCCCAGACAACUAUUUAUGAUGAUUUUAAAUUUUUGACGAAAGAAGAUCUGGAAAAAUUGAAUUUGACCCAUUUGAUUGGAACCAGCCUUCUAAGGGCUUAUAUGCAUGGUUACUUCAUCGAUUAUCGUUUGUAUAAAAAGGCACAAGCAUUUUCAGAUCCAUUUGAUUAUGUUGCUUACAAAGAGCGGCGGAACCAGGAAAAACAAGCGGCAGAGCGUGCCGGUCGUAUCACGAUUAAGAAGAAGCUUCCCAAAAUUAAUCGCACUCUGGCUAAAGAACUUCUUGAGAAUGAAGAGGCUGAGAAUAUGGAGGAUGUUGAUGGCGUUGAUGCGAAGAAGAUAUCAAAGAAGAAGAAAGGACUGACCACUGACAUUCUGAAAGAUGAACGUUUUAGUGGGAUGUUUACUAAUAAGGACUUUGAAAUUGAUGAAUUUUCUCAUGAGUAUCGGGCACUGCACCCUAUGCCUUCCACAAAGCAACCGUCUUUAGUGGAGGAACAUUUUGAGCCUGUGAUGGAUGGUGAGGAACCUAGUGAUUCUGAUGUGUCUGCAGCAACACAAUCAUCAGAAGAUGAACAAGAAAAUGAAAAAAAUUCUAGAAAAAAGUCCAAAGUUCCAAGAAUGUAUGAAGUCAAGGAUGAGAGGCAUGCAGAAGCAUUCUGGAAUGAUGUUUCACUUGCGAAGGAGGAUGCUCUUCCACUAGGUGAACGGGUUGCAGCCUUGUCAGAUGACCGGACUUCUCAUGGGAUGAACAAUAUCAAGGUGGGACCUGGAGGUUCAAGAGAAGUUUCCUUUAUUUCCAGAAGCUCAGCAAAGUAUGUGGAAGAUGAAGAAGACAAGGGAGCACGAACUGAAAGGAGAAGAGGGAUCCAGUCCUUGAAACUGAAGCCUGAGAGAUCAGGUUUUCGGGGUUCGGGUUCCCGAGGCAGAGGUAGAGGAAGAGGUCGUGGAAUGGGCAGAGGAAGAGGGCGACGAUAAAUUUUUCAUACAGUAUUAACAACCAACUUUUGUGUCAAAGUAAGGAACUAUUAUUCCUUAAACUUGUUUGAUGUCUUACUUGUAUAAUUAAUGCAGAAUGGGCAGAGGAAGGGGUAGACACGACAUCUUUAUGUUUCAUGCUGCAAAUCUACGCCAUUUCAUACACCAGUGCAAAUAUGAGUCAAGAAAGCAAUGAGUUCUCAGAUAAUUUACCUUUCUUUUGCAGUCAUUUACUUGACAUGUAACUGAGAGUUGUGGCUUCUUUCUGCCACCGCCUACUAAUCACACUUGUAAUAGAUGUUUUCUGGAAACCUAAAAUUUUGGCCAUGAAAAUGAUCUGAUUGCAACCUAGUGUAGUUAUCCUUGCACCUUUUGGUAUUACCUAUACACUUUUACUAGUACUAA